GUAACAGACAGGGUAAAGGUGUCUUGCAACAAUGAGUGAUGUCAAGUGAAAUGUAAGGUCAGUGGUUAAAAUGUGUGAAUGCAGUUUUUACACUUGCUGUGCCACAGAUAUUCACAGUCCAGUCCAGCAGAUGGCAGUAUGACCCAUUUCACUCAUUGUAUCCUCACUAAAGGCUGGCACAGUCCACACCACACACAACCUACACGCAGACAGCUCACUGUCAGGCUGCAAAAUGGCCAACGCCACGCUUCAGUCGUUCAACGUCUUUCUGACGGAGAGAUUGACCGCAGCUGCGGUAGACAUCUACGGAUUCGUUGAGAAGACAAUAAUAGACUACCAGGAGGAGGUGUACCAAACCAAACUGGAGAACCAGAGGCUGCAGCGGCUGCUGGAUCUGGUCUACAAACCAGAGAUAAGACUGCACAGGGCAGAUGCCAAACAGCCAACUGUACCAACAUCUGCGGAGGAGAUUCCCCCUAAACAGCACGAGUGGGGCCCGGCUGUGUGCGAGGACGAGCCAGGACCCUCGCAGCUUAAAGAGGAGCAGGAGGAUCAGAAGGACGAACUGUGGAUCAACGGGAUCGGGGAGCAACCUUCAGCAGAGGACAGCGACGACGGGGACGCCUUGACGAAAGAGCUCAUUAAAACAGUGCAGCAGUUAGAAGACUGUAGAGCAGCAGAGGAGAGCCGAGAGCCAACGCAGACCCCUGCAGAGGACCCAAAGCACUCUGAAGAGAAGACGAGCACCACCUUGUACCGCUGCCACAUAUGCAACUACAUAUUCACCAAAAAAACUGUGCUUACAUGGCACCUCAAGACGCACGAAAGCAAGUCACACGACAGCAAGGGAAACUUUGACUGUCACAUAUGUGGUAAACACAUACCCUGUCAGAGCAAUCUGCAGAACCACAUGAGAGUGCACACAGGAGAGAGACCCUACAGCUGCCAUUUCUGCGGCAAGUGUUUUAAACUGAAAGGACACAUGACAGAACACAUAAGAACUCACACAGGAGAGAAGCCUUUCAGUUGUCACAUCUGUGACAAAUCUUUCAACAGAGGCUCAACUCUGAGGAAACACGUUUUAGCCAAACAUAAAGAGGAGCGACCAUACAAGUGUGGGGACUGUGACGAGUUAUUUACUGAAAGGCUGCUGAUGAAGAGGCACAUGAGAAAAGUUCAUGGAGUCAAACUGUCCACGAGUCAAAGUCCUGCCUAGAACUUUAGAACAGACGCCAUUAUUGAUGCAUGUUCAAUAUAGUCUUAAAUCUGAGUAGAGAACAAGACUAGGUAUCUUUUGAAAUGUUUCAGUAUUAGUGCCAGUGAGUUUUGGUACCAGAACAAUACUUUUUUUUUUCAAAAUAUUGCUUUAAAGAUUUUGAUUACACUAUACUAAAAAAAAUCAUUUUUUGGCCCAGAUGAAGCCAAACUUCUCAAGUGUUGAAUGUUGUCUUACACAAACAGCCAUACAAGAACUUUGCCGAAAUGAAAUUCAAUCUAGAAUUGCCAAAAAAAGUAUUUAAAGGCGAUAGUUUGACUGAGACAAGGGGGAAACAGUGGGCGUGUUUCUUUUCAAAGUUAAAAAAUACAUCUUGUUCAGGAACAAACUGUAGUUUGUUGAUAUAUAAUGGAGCAUAUAGAUAUUACGAUACAUUAAGGGUCACCUGUGUAGGAUUUAGUGGCAUCAAGUGGUGAGGUUGCAGACUGCAACCAAAUGAAACUUCUCCUGUGUCCCAAGUCUUUAGAACUAUGGUGGAAAACAUGAAUGACUCUAUUUAAGAGUCAGUCUUUCAUUUGUCCGUUUUUGACUACUGCAGAGCAACAUGGCGGACUCUAUGGAAGAGGACCCGCUCUGUAUAAACAGCUCAUUCUAAG